AUGCUGCCUGAGAUUCAGUCACCAUUCAUUUUGCCUCCUUUAGAUCAAGUUCCUGAUGACGACCAAGAUAAACCUCUGUUCAAAGGACACCUCCAGGACGAAAUUAGGCCGCUUGGGCUUCCGCGCAUAAUCUUUGGGGCCGGGGCCUUCUCGAAUCAAUAUAAUAAGGAUACCCAUCUGGCGUCUGCUGCACCUCUGCGCACUGUGCGGUUGGCCUUGCGCUAUGGUGUCCGCGCCUUCGAUACAUCACCGUAUUAUGGUCCGUCUGAGAUUAUCCUAGGCGACUGCCUGAAAGCACUGUCCGGAGAGUUUCCUCGAUCAUCAUAUCAAUUGAUGACCAAGUGUGGACGGUACGGACCUAGUACGUUCGACUACAAACCCGCUACUAUCCGAGAGAGCGUGGAACGCAGCUUGAAGCGACUCCACACGGACUAUUUGGACACUGUAUUUCUUCAUGAUGUUGAGUUUGUCUGUGCCCAAGUCGCCCCAAGGGCAACGGGCGAUAACUCAACAGCGCUCAAUAUCGAGGCCCCUGAGUUCGGAUUAGCGGAAGGGCAGGAGGCGAAGAUACAAGGUGAUGGAGACCAGAAGAUACUAGAUGCAUUCGCCGAACUUCGCAAGAUGAAAGAAGAGGGAUUGAUAAAGAACAUCGGCAUCACAGGAUACCCGCUUCCGACUUUGCUCAGGCUUGCGCUAUGUAUCCUUCAUAACCCACCCUAUGAACCCGUCGACGUGAUUCUAUCGUACUCGCACCUUAACCUCCAGAACUCAACCUUUUUGGCUUUUGCACCCCAUCUGAUUACACGGGCAAAAGUCAAGCAGCUGUUAGCCGCAUCUCCCCUCAGCAUGGGCCUUCUGACGCCAUCGCCGCCACAGUGGCAUCCUGCUCCCACACCUCUAAAAGCGUCUGCCGCAGCUGCAGGAAAGCUCUGGGACAAGGGCCUUCCCGAUCUAGCUCUGGGUUACUCUAUCCGUUUCGCCGAGGGAGUGCCACUUGUCGCUGGCUUUAGCAGCCCGGAAGAAGUCCAUCACUGUCUCAGGAUAUCGAAGGAAGUUUCCGAGGGCGACAACAAGGAACAGCGGGUCGAAGCCGAGCAGCUGGCAUUGGCAACGUUCAGAGAUGCUGGAUACCUGGGAUGGUCCUGGUCGUCUCCGUGA